CGCCCCCUCCCUCUGGACGCGGAUCCCCCAUGGCCCCCGCCCACCCUCAAAAGUUUCUUCCCAUUGAGGCCCCGCCCCAAGCUUUUCUUUCCGGGUGCGCCCCCGUGGGCUUUAUGCCCGGCCCCUUGGCAUUCAUUUCCUGUUUUAGAAGCAGUCACCGGGAGUUGAGGGGUACAGCUGCCCCCAUAGGGAAACAGACCCAGCAUGGGGAGAGGACUUGCAUAGUGCCACAACGUGACUUAGUGGCCCGACUCAGCCAGGCUUCACAGAUAACGUACUGAACGCCGAUUAUGUGCUUGUCCACUGGUAAACCCUUUUGUCUUCGAGCCUAUUCCGAUUCAAAGCGACCCUAUAUGACAGAGUAGAAUUGCCCCAUACGGUUUCCAGAGAGCGGCUGGCUGGUGCAUUCCAGCUGCCGACCUUUUGGUUAGCAGUCGAAGGCUUAACCAUUGCGCCAUCAGGGCUCCUGUCCAGUACUAGGCUCUGAGAAUAUCUUAGUAAUCAAAGCCGACAUGGUUGCUGCCUGCCUGGAGAGUAUAGUUUAGUGGGGGAGUCAGACAUUAAACACAUGUCAUACAAGCAGAAAUAUAAAUAAACUUGGCAAUUAUUAUGGAGGAGACAAAAAAUAAUAAAACAUCUAAAACAGGAUGGUCAGAGAAGAUUUCCUGAAGGAGGUGACACUUAAACUGUAACUUGAGAGAUUAUGGCAAAAGACAGAAGCACAUUCCAGAUAGAGGGAGUAGACCUUGGGGGUGUCUGAGUUGGCAAAGAACUUGGCAUGAGUCAUGCCCAAAAUUCAGGAAGGGAGGCUUACUACGGGUCAAGCACUGUGAUGGGGAUGUGGAAUAUGUUUGUACUGGCCCACGGGGAGCUCACUGUCUAGUAAAAGGGCAAGACAUAAGUAAAAUACAGAGACAAAGUUGGAACUGUGAUAAGUGGUAUGAAAGAGAGAUGUGGCUAGUAUAUUUGGAUUUAUGUAAUUGGGAGGUCAGGAAGACUUCCCUGAGGACGUGGUAAAUGAGCUGAUGCCUGAAAUUAGAGUUACCUCAGUAAAGUGAGGAGAGCUGUCCAGACUGAGUUUAACAGCAAGUGCCAAGGAUCUGAGACAAAAGGUAGGAUACCUGUUGAAGAAAAGCUUAGAGUAGAGAUCAGUGGGGAAAGAUGAGGCUGGAGUGACAGGUAGAGGCGAGAUCUUUGAGCACCUGGUUUGCCAUGUUAGAAAUACUGAUCCUUAUUAAGAGCAAUGAGAAGAUACCUGUUUUAAUCAUAAAGGAAAAGAUGAUCAGAAAUGGGUUGGAGGUGGACAAGAGUUGAUUGAAGAGACCAGGUAGGAAGCUGUUGCAGUAAUCUAGGCAUGAAAUUAUACAAUUUUCGAUCGGGUGCUUGCAGGUCGUGACAGAAAGAACUAGUGUAUUAUAAGGAAACUGUUUAGGAGGUAAAAUCUCCAGAGCCUAGUAACUGAUUAGGUAUGGGAUCUGAGGGAAAGAGAGUAUUAAGGAAGACUCUGAGGUUUCUAGUUCAUGUUACCAGAUGAGUGACCAUGCCGUUCACUGGAAUAGGGAAACUGGAAGACGGUCAACUUUGGGGGAAAAUAUCACAACCUACUCUUUUUUUUUUUUAAUAACUCCUUUGUCGAUUAGGGGGGACAUUCAUUAUAUACUUUUUCUGUGUUGCUUGAAUUUUUAUGAGUAUUUUUACAAUAUAUAUUUUUAAAAAAUACAGAUUGAAAAUAUUUUAGAACUUCAUCACAUUCCUAAAAACUAUAAUUGUAUCAUACAUAACGUAAUGAACGUGUAUCACUGAAAGUUCAGCUGAGAGAAGUGUUAGGAAGUUCAUUGAUGAUGUCCUGUGCAGCCUGGAGCUGUGGCUCAUGGACCUGGGCCCCUUCCCACUGCAUCCCACCCCAGUAUUGUUGUCUUUACCUCAACAAGAGAAAUCCUAACAGUAAUCGAAAAAUCGCAUUGAUUAAGGGUAAGGUUGCAGAUUAUUGUAAUUGCUUCAAUAAGUUGUACACAUCUGUAAAAAGUUGAAUUGGCAAAAGUUGUGUGACAGAUACAUUUACAGCUGUGUGAGAUAAAUUUACAACAAUGAAAAAAAAAAAAAAAAAGAAGAGUAGCUGCCAAGGCUGCUUAAGUACAACCAAACACCUCAUGGGAUUUGGUUCCUUGGGUUGGAGGUUUAGGGUCAUGGUUUCAUGGGACAUCUCAGUUAAUUGGCCAAAUAAUGUGUUUAGUGCUGUGUUCUACCUUGUAGUUCAUUGUGUAGUGCCUGGGGUCUUAGAAGCUUGCAGGCGGCCAUCCAAGGCACAACAGUUGGUCUCUAUUCACCUGGAGCAACAGAGGAAGACGGAGAAUCAGGAAUAGAAGGAUAUGGAAUAUGUGGCUAAUUGCCUCCGUGAACAACUGCCUAUUUGCAAUAAGACUAGAAGAACUGGCUGCCAAAACCAAACCAGUACUUUGCAUUUUCAAAAACUCCUGUGUCAGCAACUUGCUUAAGGUUUAUUUUAUGACCCGGGAUAUGGUCUGUCUUGGUGACUGUUCCACGUGCACUUGAAAAGAACGUGUACUCUGCUUUUGCUGGAUGGAGUGCUCUAGAUGUGAUAAUGGACCAUCAUGCUUCCACCAUCAAACCUCGAAGAAUCCAAAACCAAAAUGUCAUCCACCGCUUGGAACGCCGACGGAUCAGCUCAGGCAAAGCGGGUACCCACUGGCAUCAGGUCCGAGUGUUCCACCAGAAUGUCUUCCCCAACUUCACAGUCGUCAACGUUGAGAAGCCUCCUUGUUUCUUGCGUAAAUUCUCACCUGAUGGACGCUUCUUUAUUGCUUUUUCCUCGGACCAGACAUCUCUGGAAAUCUAUGAGUACCAGGGCUGCCAGGCAGCAGAGGACCUACUGCAGGGGUAUGAGGGGGAGAUCCUGUCCAACGGCAAUGACCAGCGGUCAGUCAAUAUCCGGGGCCGGCUCUUUGAACGCUUCUUCGUCCUGCUGCACAUUACCAACGUAGCAGCCAAUGGUGAGCAUCUGAACCGGGAGUGUAGCCUCUUCACUGAUGACUGCCGGUGUGUCAUUGUGGGCUCAGCGGCCUACCUCCCGGACGAGCCUCACCCUCCUUUCUAUGAGGUGUAUCGGAACAGUGAAUCAGUGACCCCCAACCCACGGUCCCCUCUAGAAGACUAUUCCCUCCAUAUCAUUGACCUUCACACUGGCCGCUUGUGUGACACUCGCACGUUCAAGUGUGACAAAGUGGUCCUGUCACACAACCAAGGGCUGUACUUGUACAAGAACAUCCUGGCCAUCUUGUCAGUGCAGCAGCAGACCAUCCAUGUCUUCCAAGUGACUCCUGAAGGCACUUUUAUUGACGUGCGAACCAUUGGUCGCUUCUGCUAUGAGGAUGACCUGCUUACUGUGUCAGCUGUUUUCCCUGAGGUUCAGCGGGACAGUCAGACAGGCAUGGCCAACCCCUUUAGGGAUCCUUUCAUCAAUUCCCUGAAACACCGGCUGCUGGUGUACUUGUGGCGCCGGGCAGAACAGGACGGUAGUGCAAUGGCCAAGAGGCGCUUCUUUCAGUAUUUUGACCAGCUGCGGCAGCUGCGUAUGUGGAAAAUGCAGCUUUUGGAUGAAAACCAUCUGUUUAUCAAGUACACUAGUGAGGACGUUGUAACACUGCGGGUCACAGAUCCAUCACAGGCAUCUUUCUUUGUCGUGUACAAUAUGGUGACAACAGAGGUGAUUGCUGUAUUUGAGAAUACAUCAGAUGAGCUUUUGGAACUCUUUGAGAACUUCUGUGACCUCUUCCGUAACGCUACCCUGCACAGUGAAGUCCAGUUCCCCUGCUCAGCUUCCAGUAACAAUUUUGCAAGGCAGAUCCAGCGUCGGUUCAAAGACACUAUUAUCAAUGCCAAGUAUGGAGGGCACACGGAGGCAGUGCGCCGGCUGCUGGGACAGCUCCCCAUCAGUGCCCAGUCCUACAGUGGGAGCCCCUACCUUGAUUUGUCUCUUUUCAGCUACGAUGACAAGUGGGUGUCAGUCAUGGAGCGGCCCAAGACUUGUGGAGAUCACCCUAUCAGGUUCUACGCCCGGGACUCUGGUCUGCUCAAGUUUGAGAUCCAGGCAGGCUUACUGGGCCGCCCCAUCAGCCACACAGUGCGACGCCUCGUUGCCUUCACUUUUCACCCAUUUGAGCCUUUCGCCAUUUCCGUGCAGAGGACUAAUGCUGAGUACGUCGUCAAUUUCCACAUGCGACACUGCUGCACGUAGGUGUCUCAUCAAAGCCAGGUUGUCUGGUGUUCUAAGACUUCGCCUCUCUCUUACCUCAGUCGACUCCAAAGCAAAAGCCUCUGGCUACCAGCCCGGUUCCUGUGGUUCCAGACUGGUAUAUCUCACGUGAGACCAUGCAGAAGAGAGGAGUUGGGGCUACAGGGGGAAGCGAAUCAGUGUAACGGAAUUUUUUUAUGGUGUACAAUCUGACAGCUGAUGGACCUCAGGUCCUCUUGCCUUUUCCCUGUGGGAAUGCCUAGCAUUAAUUAAAUUCAUUUUAAUUUUUAUUUUGCAUUUUAUUGCUGCGAGAAGAGAGCAUUACACCCUACCCCUCUUCCCGUCACUUCCUUGGCGGUGUGGUACACAGCCUGAAGCAGGUACAUCAUGUUUACUCCUGAGAUCUGUAUACAUUCUUUCCACAUAGCCAACAAGCAGGGCUGUCUUUGUAAGUAAAAAAUGAGUAAGUAAAUAAAGCCUUGCUAUUUUCUUACUUAAAUAUAGCCUGUUUGAUGACUACCUUAUGAUCUGAUCACAUCAAAUGCUUUCCAAAUACUUAGAUUCCAGGAAGGACAGACAGACAGUGAAGGGGCCAGGAGGCCAUGGAUACAGCAGCUGCUCCUGGGAGAACUAUAUGGUGUGUGCCAGCAUGCGAGACGGUUAUCUGCCAGGACUUUCCUUCCCUAGAGUGUUCUCCUGGAAAUAGUUACAGCUGGAGGAACUGGGCAUAAUUGCGCAUUCUCAUGUGGAAGCAUGCUCACAUCUGUGCCGUCUGUGCCGUGCAGGUGGAGGAGUGAGCAGCUCUUUUUGACCACAGCAGAAACAAACAUGGUGUAGCACGGACAAUAAUUUGGAUGGUGGGAGCUGGCAAGCACCGGGUGUCCCUAAACAGAUCGUGCUAUUGUUCCUGGGUGCCAGAGCCAUAACAGCUAUCCUGCAAACACCUGCCUUCCCCCAGCCCACGUCCUUCUGUCACAUUCUCCACUGGUCUCCAUAGGGCUCGUCAGACUGUUUAUAUUUCAUCUUUAUAAUGUCUACCGUGCAUACAGUAAACUUGUUUUUUGGCAUCUGAUUUGGAGGAAGCUUGGAAAUCUUGGGAUCAAUAGCAGGCUGUGAAAGGGGCCAUGGGUGGAAACAGCUGGAUCUUGAAUCCCCUCUGCCAUUCAGACUGACUUUCCUUGGGACCCUAAGAAAAGGGAUAUGAGAUACUGAGCCCCACCAAUAAUAGUUCUGCUCAUUUCCUUGUUCUGUCUGUCCUUCCUGGAAUCUAAGUAUUUGGAAAGCAUUCAACAUCUAAAUUAAUUCUCAUUCAGCAGCCAACACAUAGGAUUUGACCACGCUCUAUGAGUUAGGAUGAGGAGCAAAAUAAGUGAAGAGAGAAUUACAAGACAACACAGUAAAAGCUCUAUAAUGUAUAUCUGGGGAACAGUAUAGGGGGAUAAAGUGGGGGAGCAGAGAGGAAGGCUAUACUAGGGAAGUGACACUGGAACUGGAUAAAUGAGAACAUGUCAUGUGGACCAGAGUGGAGACAUUUCAAGGAGAAGCCCAACACAUGCAAAGGUGUGGGCACGUGAAGUAGACUGUCAAGGUUGUGGGAUGGCAGGUAAUCUAAUACGUGAGAACAGAGGCCACGUGGCGUCCAGGGGCAACGUGGAUGAAAGGUAAGCUGAGAGGAUAUUGUGAAGAGAGGUCUUGUGCAUGGUGCUAGAGUUUUCAGUGGGGGGGUGGGGGGCAAAUGUGAACUUCACAAAGAUAACUUCCAGCAUUUUGAAUGAUGGUUUGGAAGCAAUAGAGACUGAAGGCCAGAGAAGUCAACGGUGGUAAUCCAGAUGCAAACAGGAAAGCCCGAAUGACAUCAUUAGACAUCUGGAGGGAUGAAAUAGUGACCAUCCUCCUGGCUUCUUUGUAGGUCAUGAAGAAUACGGGGUCCCAAAGCUUGGUGAGUUUCUCUUCUGCUAACAUACUAAUCAAAGACUAUAGCCUUCAGUGUGGAUUGCACCUCGAUAUAAAAUAAUCCUAACAACUGGACCAGUAGGCGACAUCACGAUAAACAGAGAAAAUACUGAAGUUGUCAAGGGUUUCAUUUUACUUGGAUCCACAAUCAAUGCCCAUGGAAGUAAAAAUAAAAAAAAAAGUAGCAGUCAAGAAAUCAAAUGACGUAUUGCAUUGGACAAAUCUGCAAAAGACCUCUUUAAAGUGUUGAACAGUAAGGAUGUCACUUUGAGGACUAAGGUACUCCUGACCCAAGCCGUAGUAUUUUCAUUUGCCUUACAUGCAUGCAUAAAAGUUGAACAAUGAAUAAGGAAACCAAAGAAGAAUUGACACCUUUGAGUUAUGGUGUUGGCGAAGAAUAUUGAGUAUACCAUGGACUGCCAAAAGAAUGAAUCUGUCUUGGAAGAAGUACAGCCAGAAUCUUUACAAGUAAGGAUGGCAAGACUUUGUCUCAUGUACUUUGGACAUGUUGUCAGAAGGGACCAGUCCCUGGAGAAGGAAGGGCAUCAUGCUUGGUAAAGUACAGAGUCAAUGAAAAAGAGGAAGACCCUCAACGAGAUGGAUUGACACAGUGGCUGCGAUGAUAGGCUCAAUCAUAACAAUUAUGAGGGUGGCACAGGACCAGGCAGUGUUUUGUUCUGUUCUAAGUAGGGUCAAUAACAAGACAGACCCAACUCAAGGGCAUAUAACCAUGACAAUAUACUACUCAUUACCCCAGGAGAAAUUUUUCAGCCCCAUGUUUGUGGGACUGAACCAACCUUUUUAUAGAAGUACUUUACCUUGUUUCUUUUAAGUAAAUUGUUGGAUUGUACUUGUAGACUUGGUGUAAUGUAAAGAGUUUGAAGUUGCUCAGUCCUCAGUGUGAAUCUUGGCUAUUUCUGCUCAUGAACUCUGUGAUCCUGGGCAGAUUUUCUAGACUUUGAGACUUAGUUGGUAGUUCUCUUCCCUUAGUUACACACUCCUUUUGUCAUAGCUUAGAUCUUUUCUUCCCGUAUAAGUGCCCCCCCCACAAAGUCUCGAUUGCAUACACCCCACUCUGACCCCCACCUUGUAUACCUUCCAUGUACUCACUUUAGUACCCCCAUGACACAGAAGGCUUCAGUCCACUGGCCCAACCUGGAUUAGUUAGGGUAAGGUUAAACUACUACAACUGAAAGACCCCACAGUGCAGUGGCUCAAACUACGUAGAAGUUCUGUGUUUUCUUUCUCAGGUAAUAAAUAGCACAGAACCAGUGAGUGGCUCUGCCACACACAGCCAUUCAGGGACCUAAGGCCCUUCCAUCUUCGUCAUCACUGUGGCAUUCUGGGUUGAGCUGGCAAGAAGGUGAAAGAGUGUGGAGGAGGCUCAGUCUGAUCUCAAGGCCCCUAUCUGCUAGUGGUACACAUUGCUAACACAUUUCUACAGAAGAGAUUUUAAUCAUAUGGCCACAUAUAACAAACAAGAAAGGCUGGGAAAGGUAGUCUGGCUGGCCAGCUGUGUGCCAGGUACUCUUGUUGUCAGAAGAAGGGAGAAUGGAUGUUGGUGGGCAGUUAACUGUUGCUAGCACGCUAGCCCUUCCCGAGCUGUCACCAUAGGUCCUCUCCUCUUUGUUUAUUCAGCCUAGGUUGUAUGGCUGGCACUACGAUCACUCCCUGGGUUGUAUGGUCUAACACUAGGAUCACUCCCUGGGUUGUAUGGGCUGAUACUAAGAUCAUUCCCUUGCAAUUACUCUUUCAUGCUAAUUUAGAAAAACAACUCUGUCCGUGUCUGUGCCUGAACACCUGAAUAUUGCUACAGCAAAGCCAUGCCUGUUCUUAAAUUCAUGACCACAGACCUAAAAUAGCCACUCCUGACUGCUAAACAAUCCCAAUACACUUUCCUCAUAUCUUUACUUCCCUAAAGCAAAACGAACAAACAAAAGCCCAACCCAUUGCUGUUGAGUUGAUUCCAACUCAAAGUGACCUUUAGGACAGAGUAGAACUGCCCCAUAGAGUUUCCAAGGUUGUAAUCUUUAUGGACGCAGACUGCCACAUCUUUAUCCCAUGGUGCAGCUGGUAGGUUUGAAUCACUGACCUUUCAGUUAGCAGCUGAGCACUUAACCACUGCACCACCAGGGCUCCUUUUUUACUUUCCUACUCUCCCAAAUUACUAUUUCACACCUUCACCUCUUUCUUUAACCCCCUUCUCCCAUUUCUUAACUGAUGACCUUCUCACCUACUUCAUGGAAGAAAUGGAAACAACCAGGUGGGAACUUUCUUAUCUUCCUUUACCAUAUCGGAAACUCUGGUGGCGUUGCUGUUGUUUUUAGGUGCCAUCAAGUCAAUUCCAACUCAUAGUGAUCCUGUGCACAACAGAACAAAACACUGCCUGGUCCUGCACCAUCCUCACAAUCGUUGCUAUGCUUGAGCCCAUUGUUGCAGCCACUGUGUCAGUCCAUCCUGUUGAGGGUAUUCCUCUUUUUCACUGACCCUGUACUUUACCAAACAUGAUGCCCUUCUCUAGGAACUGAUCCUUCCUGAUAACAUGUCCAAAGUAUGUGAGACAUACAUAGUCUCGCCAUCCUUGCUUCUAAGGAGCAUUCUGGUUGUACUUCUUCCAAGACAGAUUUGGUAUAUUCAAUAUUCUUUGCCAACACAAUUCAAAAGCAUCAGUUCUCCUUCGGUCUUCCUUAUUUGUUGUCCAGGUUUCACAUGCAUAUGAGGCGACUGAAAAUAUCAGGCUUGGGUCAGGCACGCCUUAGUUCUCAAGGUGACAUCUUUGCUUUUCGAACGUUAAGGAGGUCUUUUGCAGCAGAUUUGUCCAGUGCAAUGCAUCUUUUGAUUUCUUGGCUGCUGCUUCCAUGGGUGUUGAUUGUGGAUCCAAGUAAAAUGAAACCCUUGACAACCUCCGUCUUUUCUCCAUUUAUCAUGAUGUUGCUUAUUGGUCCAGUUGUGAGGAUUUUUGUUUUCUUUAUGUUGAGGUGUAAUCCAUACCAAAGGCUAUGGUCUUUGAUCUUCAUUAGUAAGUGCUUCAAGUCCUCUUCACUUUCCGCAAGCAAGGUUGUGUCAUCUGCAUAACGCAGGCUGUUAAUGUGUCUUCCUCCAAUACUGAUGCCCAAUUCUUCCUCAUACAGUACAGCUUCUCGGAUUAUUUGCUCAGUAUACAGAUUGAAUAAGUAUGGUGAAAGGAUACAACCCUGACGCACACCUUUCCUGACUUUAAACCAUGCAGUAUCCCCUUGUUCUGUUCAAACGACUGACUCGAUCUAUGUACAGAUUCCUCAUGAGCACAAUUAGGUGUUCUGGAAUUCACAUUCAAUGCAGUUAUAUCUGUAAUUUGUUAUGAUCCACACAGUCAAAUGCCUUAGCAUAGUCAGUAAAACAUAGGUAAACACCUUUCUGGUAUUCCCUGCUUUCAGCCAGGAUCCAUUUGAUAUCAGCAAUGAUAUCCUUGGUUCCAAGUCCUGUUCUAAAUCCAGCUUGAAUUUCUGGCCAUUCCUUGUUGAUGUACUGCUGCAGCUGCUUUUGAAUGAUCUUCAGCAAAAUUUUCCUUGCAUGUGAUAUCAAUGGUAUUGUUUGAUAAUUUCCGCAUCCAGUUGGUUCACCUUUCUUGGGACUAGGCAUAAAUAUGGAUCUCUUCCUGUCAGUUGGCCAGGUAGCUGUCUUCCAAAUGUCUUGGCAUAGACCAGUGAGUACUUUCAGUGCUGCAUCCAUUUGUUGAAACAUCUCAAUUGGUAUUCCAUCAAUUCCCGGAGACUUUUUUUCACCAAUGCCUUCAGUGCAGCUUGGACUUCUUCCUUCAGUACCAUCAGUUCCUGAUCAUAUGCUACCUCCUGAAAUGGUGAAGGUUGACCAGUUAUUUUUGGUAUAGUGACUCUGUGUAUUCCUUCCAUCUUCUUUUGAUGCUUCUUGUGUCAUUUAAUAUUUUCCCCGUGGAAUCCUUCAGUGUUGCAACUUGAGGCUCGAAUUUUUUCUUCAGUUCUUUCAGCUUGAGAAAUGGUGAGCGUGUUCUUCCAUUUUGGUUUUCUACCUCUAGGUCUUUGCACAUGUCAUCAUAAUACUUUACUUUGUCUUCUCUAGCCGCCCUUUGAAAUCUUCUGUUCAGCUCUUUUACUUCAUCAUUUUUUCCUUUUGCUUUAGCUACCCGACAUUCAAGAGCAAGUUUCAGAGUCUUCUGACAUCCAUUUAGGUCUUUUCUUUCUCUCCUGUCUUUUUAAUGACCUUUUGCUUUCUUCAGGUAUGAUGUCUUUGAUGUCAUUUCACAAUUAGUCUGGUCUUGGGUCAUUAGUGUUCAUCGUGUCAAAUCUAUUCUUGAGAUGGUCUCUAAAUUCAGGUGGGAUAUACUCAAGGUUGUACUUUGGCUCUCAUGGACUUCUGAUUUUCUUCAGUUUCGACUUGAACUUGCAUAUGAGUAAUUGAUGGUCUGAUUCGCAGUCGACCCCUGGCCUUGUUCUGACUGAUAAUACUGAGCUUUUCUACCGUCUUGUUUCCACAGAUGUAGUUGAUUUGAUUCCUGUGUGUUCUAUCUGGCGAGGUCCACAUGUAUAGUUGUCAUUUAUUUGGUGAGAAAGGUAUUUGCAAUGAAGAAGUUGUUGGUCUUGUAAAAUUCAAUCAUGCGGUCUCUGGCAUCAUUUCUGUCACCAAGGCCAUGUUUUCCAACCACGAAUCCUCUUUCUUCUUUGUUUCUAACUUUCGCGUUCCAAUCACUGGUAAUUAUCAGUUCAUCCUGAUGGCAUAUUUGAUAAAUUUCAGACUGCAGAAGCUGGUAAAACUCUUGUUUCUUUGUCUUUGGCCUUAGUGGUUGGUGCGUAAAUUUGAAUAAUAGUUAUAUUAACUGGUCUUCCUUGUAGGCGUAUGGAUAGUAUCCUAUCACUGACAGCAUUAUACUGCAGGAUAGCUCUUGAAAUGUUCUUUUUGACGAUGAAUGCAACGCCAUUUCUCUUCAAGUUGUCAUUCCCGGCAUGGUAGACCAUAUGACUGUCUGAUUCAAAAUGACCAGUACCAGUCCAUUUCAGCUUACUAAUCCCUAGGAUAUCCAUCUUCAUGUGUUCCAUUUCGUUUUUGAUGAUUUCUAAUUUUCCUAGAUUUAUACUUCAUACAUUCCUGGUUCCAGUUAUUAAUGGCUGUUUGCAGCUGUUUCUUCUCAUUUUGAGUCAUGUCACAUCAGCAAGUGAAGGUCCCAAAAGCUUGACUCCAUCUACUUCAUUAAGGUUGACUCUACUUUGAGGAGACAGUUUUUCCCCAGUCGUAUUUUGAGUGCCUUCUUACCUGAGGGGCUCAUCUUUUCGCACUAUAUCGGACAGUGUUCCACAGCUAUUCAUAAGGUUUUCACUGGCCAGUUCUUCUCAGACGUAGACCACCAGGUCCUUCCUAGGCUGUCUUAGUCUGGAAGCUCAACUGAAACCUGUCCGCCAUGGGCGACCCUGCUGGUAUUUGAAUACUGGUGGCAUAGCUUCCAGCAUCACAGCAACACACAAGCCCCCACAGUACGACAUACUGACAGACACUUGGGGGUGGGGGUGUAGUGGCUGCUAACCAAAAGGUUGGCAGUUUGAAUCCACGAGGUGCUCCUUGGAAACCCUCUGGGGCAGUUCUACUCUGCCCUUAUAGGGUCGCUAUGAGUCGGAAUCGACUCAAUAGCAACGGGUUUGAUUUGGUUUGGUUUUACCAUAUGAGCUAUGUGACUUGUAUCUGUCCUUAUUCUCUGCCUUUCCUCGUGUUACAGUGAAUGAAAUAUUGCUGUUACCAUGAAAGGCUGGUCCCUCUACCUGUUCACUGAAUCCUUUCCCUUUUUGACUUCUCAAGGUCAUUGCUCCUGCAGUUAUUUUAUCUCUCCUGUGUCAUGUUUCUCUUGAUGAGAUCAUUCCCAUUAGCAUAUUGAUAUGCUCUAGGAUUUCCCAUCUUUAAAGUAUCCUGCUUCAAAUUCGUGUUCCCUGUUAGUCAUAGCCCAUUUCUCUGCCACCCUUCACAGCAAAACUUCUCAGAAGUGUUGUCUAAAGUAAAUGUUUUCAUUUCCCCACAUCCCAUGUUUCCUCAACCGACUCCAGAUAGGUUUCUGUCCCCCACAGUCCACUGGAACUAUAGCUGUCUGAGUCACCAGUGAUUUCAUGGUGCCAAUCAGCGGUCACCUCUUAGCCCUUUCUUACUCAAUCCCCCAGCAUUAGAUGUAGUUGAUUUCUCUUUAUAUGAAGAAAUACUUUCAUCUCUUCAUUUUGAAGACAUAACACGUUUCUUGCAUUCCUCCUGCCUUAUGGUUGCCAACCCCUUUACUAGUUUCUCCCUCUGCUCCACCUUUAGAUGUUGGAGUGCCCAGGACAUGGCCUUGGAGCCUCAUGUCUUUUUUUCUGUGUAUUCUUUUCUUGAUUUCAUUCGUUCCAGUGGUUUUAAAUUCUAGCUAUACGCUGAUGACUCCCAAAUUUAUAACUCUAGCGCUGACCUCUUAAGCUCCAUAUUCGUAUACCCAGCGACAUACAUGGCACCUCCACUUGGAUAUCUAAUAGGCAUUUUAAAACUAGCAUGUCCAAAACAACACUCUUGAUUUCCACCUCCACCUUCAACCUGUUCUUUCUCCAAGAUUUCUCAUAUGGCUUCAGUGCCAACCUAUUUACUUAAGCAGAAACCUUAGGAAUUAGUAUUGGUUUCCCUCCCCACACACCACACACCACCCUCUUUUAUGACUUCACUCCAGGGGUGUGUCCUGAGUAGUCUAAAUUAAUCAUAAUAGCCCCAUACUCUUUGCUAGUGAAUAGAACAGGAUCCUAGGUCAAAGACAGUCAACAUAAGGGGUUGGUUUAGAAAUGUCAUGUGAUCUAAUGCAGACCAAUGAACAAAGAAAAGUCUACUGGGGCUUCUGGAGAACAUUUUUCUUUUGAGAAUGCCAGUGAGGGAACAUGUAGCCACAUUUCCACUAUCCAACACCUUAUGAUUGUACUAGAAAAGAAUCAGCCUUUGGAUGAAGUUGCCUUGGAUGGCAGAAUGAAGGGGCUGAUGGGGUUGAUUGACUAGAUCACACAACCCUGAAACCCACCCUGCAUCUGGACUUUCAGUUCUGUGCGGCAAUAAGUUUCCUUACUGUUGAAGCCACUUUUAGUUGGGUUUUCUGUUUCUUGCAGUUGAAAGCAAAUUAAUAGAUUCAAAGAGAAAAGUAGGUCCCCUGUGAAAAGAUUCAUGAUAUUCCUGCUGGCUAGGUAUCCCCUUAGAUCCAGUUCCAGUUACCAUGAGGCCCAACUAUGGUAUGGUUCCUCUUCUUGGAUUUCUAUAAGACUCCAGGCUCUACAGUAUCCCCCAGCAGCCAUAGUUGAGCUGGCCUGGAUAUUUCUUGUAACUAAAAAGAUUUAGCUAAAAUGGAGUAUAUAAACUCAGCCCAUUCAGGACUUGGCUGGUGUUAUGGAUUGAAUUGUUUCCCUCCAAAGUAUGUGUUGUUGAUCCUAACCCUUUUACCGAGGUUAUAAUCCCAUUUGGGAACAAGUUUUCUUUGUUAAUGAGGCAGUAUGGGUGUAGGGUAUGUCUUAAAUCAAUCUCUUUGGAGAUAUAAACAAAGCAGAUUAAGCAGGGGAGCAGAGAUGGAGGUAGAUAGAUCCCAGGCCACAUGAAGAUCAUCAAGGAGCCAAAUGAACAGAAGCUGAAAAGAGACAAGGAUCUUCCACAGAGCUGACAGAGAAAGAGAGAACCUUGCCCCUACAGCUGGUGCCCUGAAUUUGGACUUAAAGCAUCCUAAACUGUGAGAAAAUAAAUUUGUUUCUUAGAGCUACCCACUCAUGGUAUCUCUGUUAUAGUAGCAUUAGAUAACUAAGACAGCCCAUAUUAAAUUCUCAACCCUCGUGUGUUAAGAUAUAUAUAUAUCCUUGUUCCUAAAGGAUUUACCACCACCUGUCCGUCAGUUUGCCCUACUGUGGGGCUUGUGUGUUGCUAUGCUGCUGGCAGUUACGUCACUGGUUCUUAUGGAUCGAAUUAUGUCCCCCACCAAAAUACGUGUUGUAAAUCCUAACCUCUGUGGUUAUAACCCAUUUGGGGAUGGGUUGUCUUUAUUAUAUUAAUGAGACAGGAUUAGCGUAGGGUGUAUUUUGAGUCAAUCUCUUUUAAGAUAAAAAAAAAAAAGAUAUAAAAGAGAUUAAAGGCAAGCUAGCAAGCAGAGAUGGGGGAAGAGAGAUGCCAAGCCACAUGAAGAUUGUCCAGGAGCAGAAGCUCAAAGAAACAAGGACAUUCCUCCAGAGCCAACAGAGAGAGAAAGCCUUCCCUUAGAGCCAGCACCUUGAAUUUGAACUUCUAGCCUCCUGAACUGUGAGAAAAUAAAUUUGUUUGUUAAAGCCACUCACGGUGGUAUUUCUGUUAUAGCAGCACUAGAAGCUAAGACACUGGUAUUUCAAAUACCAGCAGGUUCACCUGUGGUGGACAGGUUUCAUCAGGGCUGCCAGACAAAGAGAAACUAGGAAGAAAGGCCUGAUGAUCUAUUCUAAAAAUUACUCAAUGAAAAUGUUAUGAAUCACAACAGAAUAUUACGUGGUAUAGUGCUAGAUGGGUAUAGUGCUAGAAGACGAGCCCCCCAGGAGGAAGUUACUGAAAAUACACGGUGCCCACAACAGUGGAUUCGAACAUACCAACAGUCGCGAAGAUGGUGCAGGACUGGGCAACAUUUCGUUCUGUUAUACGUGGGGUCACUGUGAGUCAGAGCCAGCUCAGUAGCAACUAACAGUAAAGGAUUUGAGGUAGUUCUCAGUAAAUUCUAGCAUAUUCUCCACAAAAGUCCAGUGAAUCUUAAGAAUCUUUGGAGAAGCAAGUUUUUUGGAACUGAAAUGCUGAAGAAUAGCAGGGACUUCAGGGGACAGUCUUUCAGAUAAAAAUUCUUCCUUCUAUUUCUCUCCUUUGCCUACUCUGCAGGGAGCUGGCAGUGUGAAGCUACUCUGGACCUUUGAGAAAAAGGUCGCAUUUAAAUAUAGCAAACUCUUUUCAUUCGGAGCCCUUGCAGAGAAAGAAGGGCAAUGUGAAUGAGUGAAAAGCCUAAAUUAGAUAAUUUUUAAAAGAACGGUAGCUUCAUUAUUUUCAAGUACACAGAGUAACUCAACUAAGCCAUGAAGUGUUCCUUUGUAGAAGCCCUGAGGGACUUUUUCUUAAUGAAUAGAUUCUAAUUAUUGGUAAUCAGCAUAACAAUUGUCUGCAAUGUGUGCUUGGUAAGCAAUUGAGCAUAUUAAGUGAUUUCGAUGUUCCAGGGGGCAGUUUUGUUUUACAACAUUAAUCUGCUCAGUGCAUACUCUUUAUAGCUAUAACCUGCUGUGGUUUAAGAAAAAGAAUUCUGAAGGCUGUGUCCAUCGUGCAUGUGAUUAUCAGAGGCAGAAAUAACAUAGAAGGCAGAGUGAUGCGUGUAGGACUUGGAUUCUUUGCCCACAGAGCCUCAAUAGGAUUAGGGGAACAGCUCAAGGUGUUGUGAGAAACCUGGUUCAAAUCGCCUGCUAGCUGUGUAGCCCUGGGCAUGAUACUUAGAACUUCACUGAGUCUCAGUUUCUCCUCUGUAAAAUGGGUAUAACAUCUACUUUACAGGGUUGAUGUGAGCAUUAAAUGGGUGUUCGUAAAAGCAUCUGUCACGGUAAUUCCUCAGUAAAUGCUAGCUGCUUGCUUUUUCUGCAUCUCCUGGCUUGUGCCAAGGGCCCUUCUGCCUCUUCAGCACUGCAGAGACUGCUUCCAGCCCUGGUAGGAUCUCUUCAUUCCCUGCUGACCGAGCCCUUUCUCUUGACUCGGCUCAUGGCCACACACAGGAGGCCUGUGGCAUCUGAGGUGAUGCCAUUCUGCUGCCAAAGCCUCAGUCCCCAGCCUACACAUCCUGGGUCUGAGAAGACCAGAACAUCCCUAACCCUCUUUCUAGCCAAGCACAUUGGAUAAAGAGAGCUUUGUUUGCUGAGAGUGUAUUACUGUUGCGUUGUUGAUUGUUAACGUUUAUUAAGAGCUUACUGUGGUCAGCACCUCAUAUAGGAAGGUAUUUACCUCAUUUCUUCAACCCUGAGGUGCAUUUUUCGAAACUAGAAUGCCUCUUACUGCUGUCAGCCAGGCAGCAGGUGUGAUGUCCUGCUGCCAUCGCCCGUGCCUGUGCAAACUGGGUACGCUCGUCAACUGUUGUCACUCCUCUUGAGUGAUGUGCCUUGUUGGUACCAUAUGUGUUAAAUGUAGGUGCUGUUUAAAUGUCUUCAAAAAGAUUAUACUGCAAUUCCAUAUUAUAACAAAAGGUUAUUUUGUACUCAUAAAGGCAUAGAAACAGACCAGUAAGGUUAAUUUUGAUAUUAGUGAAGUGAAGAUUUGCCAGGGAGGAAUGAACACAAGGCCACGUUUUUUACAAAACAACAACUAUGUGCUUUUCAGAACUAAGAAAGAGUCCUACUAGUAGAUGAAGUUUUACUGAUAUGCUGAGAUUCUUGCAAAAAGGAUUGCCUGUCAAACACCAAAUAAGGCCACUGAAUGAAGGAGAAGUCACUACAUCCCUUGGAAUAAGUGCAAGAAGUUUUAAUGCAAUAAGAGGCCUGAUGUGACUAAUUCAUGCAAAGCACAGGACUCAUCAUUAAGGCAUCAAUUUGUGAGAAACUUCCUGCUGACUUUGAACAGAAGCUGAUUAACUUGCAGGGACAUGUGAUUCAAUGUAGGAAAAAAUGAAACUAGAGUUUAAGUCAAAUAAGAAAUGCAGAUGAAACAGGUAUUCUUCACCACGACUUUAAGUCGAAAAAAACCCUAAGGCACUCUUCAAGUAAGCAUAAUUCCAGGUAAUAAGAUAGCACUGUAGUAGCUUAAUUGUCUAGGCUCCUUUUUCUCAGUAACACAUCAUGGUAGCCAGCCUUCCGGGUGGCUCCCGUUGAUCCCUGCCUCUGGGUACUCAUGGUUUUGUGUGAUCCCCUCUUACCUUAGGUCAGGACUGGUCCAUAUGACCAACAGAACAUAGCAGAAGUUGAGGUUAUAACAGAUACUGUGGUUCUGCCUUUCUCUUUCUUUCACCACUCACUCUGGGAAAAACCAGCUGCUAUGUCAUGAAGACACAGCUGCUAGGUCACGAAGACAUAGUUGCAAGGUCAUGAAGACAUAGCAGCCAUCUGGAGAGGCCCACUUGGUAAGAAAUUGAGGCCUCCUGCCAACAGGCCUCCUGCACCAUCUUGAAAGUGGUUAUCCUGGCCCCAGUCAAGCCUUCAGAUGAGUGCAGCUCCAACUGAGAGUUUACCAGUAACCUCACUGGAAACCCUGAGCGAGAACCACCCAGCUAAGUCAUUCCCCGAUUUUUCACUCUCAGAAAUUGUGUGAGGUACUAAAUGUUUGUUGUUUUAAGCCACGAAGUUUUGGGGGUAAUCUGUUAUGUAGCAAAACAUAAUUAACACAUAUGUAAACAAUGGUGUAUUUUACCAUAUGGCAUUUUCUAACCGAGAAAUGCACUAUUAUUCCCAUUUUAUAGAUAAGGAAACUAACCUCAGAGGUUAAGCAAGUUGUCCAAAGUGACGAUACUAGUUACUGGCAGGUAAAACUUUCGUCCAGCCUGUGUCAGAAUUUACAUAAAUCCUGCAUUUAUUUAGGUCUGUGUUGGUGUUUUACUGCUUUCUAAAAACAUGAAGAGGGAAUGCUGAUAUUUCUGUGCCUGUAUGUCUGCUGCUUUCUUUGUAAGGGGAUGACCCAACAAAGAUAUUUUUUAUUAAAGGCUAAUGACACACCUCAAAUGCUUUUUCUUUUUUUCUCCUUCUGACUAGUGUGUUGAUUAGCUUAUUUGUUUAUCAGUGUAUCAAGAAUUUAUUGAAGACCUACUAAGUGCCAGAGCUAGGAAUUCAAGAACGUGUAAGUCAGAGCCCCAACCUUUGAGUUUCUAGUCUGGUAAUGUUUCCAAAUACCUGCCUCCCUAUCUUUGAAAGGAAGAGGUACCUUGCCCUUUUUCUGGCUCGUCUGUGCCAUCAUCAGUAAAGCUACCAGCUAGCUAGUCUGUGUGUGGAGUUAGGAAGAAAGAACUGAGCAUUUGAAUGCUCCUUUGUGGAAGCCACUGCUCCUUUCUAUACUCUUCCAUUAACUCUUUGAUGCUGAAGUUCCAUCUCCUGCAGGGAGCAUUUACAGUGUACCAGGAGCAGGCCUUGAGAGCGCUGUCUCUUAACGAGCAGAGGUGGGGGGCCUGGGCACCAUGGCGACUGCUGGACCAGCAGCUCCUCCUAACCCAGCUUAUUCUGCUUCCUGAGACCAAAGACCAUCCAAGCUCUUCUCAGUUUAGUAAUAAACUUUCCAGGAUUAGAAGAGACUCUUACAGUUUUAAUUAAUUGUUGGGAGAAAAAAAGAGAGGAAGGAGAAUAUAAUAAAGAAACGGGAACAAAGAGGUAAAAGAAUGGUAACUUCUCUUUGCCCUAGUCUUUAAACAUUUCUGUUGGGUUACCGAAAAAGAAAAAAACCAAACCCACUGCCAUCAAGUUGAUUCCAAUACAUAGGGCAGAGUAGAACUGCCCCAUAGAGUUUCCAAGUAGCGCUUGGCAGAUUCAAACUGCCGAUCCUUUCGUUAGCAGCCAUAGAUGGUACUUAGCCAUUAUACCACCAGGGUUUCCGUUAGGUGGUUUGAAAUCUCUCUUUAAAAAUAAAUUGCUCUAGAUCAUCUCCCCUUCAAGCCAAUUAUUUUUUAAAAUUUAAAUGACAUUCUAGUUAAAAAAAUUUUUAAAUAAAAUUUGUUAUCUGAAAAGUGAUUCUCAGUUGUAGAUUAGGGAGAAGAUUAUGGGCGUGUUAGGCUCUUGAGGAGAGUGUUUUUUAAAGAAAUAAGUUGGUGUUUUUUUACUGGGAAAAUGAAAAAAACAAACUUAAGUUUUCCUAUUACAAACUGCAAAGUGUUUGAAAAAAUUUGCCUGAUGGGGGGAUGCAGAUGGCACAGUGGGUUCAUAAUUGUGGUACACCCCCCCAAACUCUUGGGAGGUGAGAUGUUCCUGGUUACCAAAUGGAGGGAUGAGUUUUAGAAGGCUGAGAAAACACUGUGGGAGAAAAAGAUUGAGUUUCCUAAAAAGACAGGAUGGGAAUGCCUGGAGGACUUGCUAUGGGCCUACCGAUGAGGGUUCAGGUAGGGGCAGGCAGCCAUGCCAGGGUCAGGGAAAAAUGGGGGACACGAUGAGGACCUAUCAUUACUGAGGUGCCAUUGUCUUCUAGAUUUAUGUUUAUAAUUUUGCAGUGAGGAAGCCCUUCUAAGAAGGAAAAAAAAAAAAGGUAA